AUGUCCAACAUCAAUGCAUCCUUCGACGAACAACUACCGCAUGUCGAUAUUCUAAACCCCCCGGCUGAAUUUUAUCGUUCAGUGAGCGUUAGCUCCGGAACAACCUACACACAGAGACCUCCUGCCCUUUUUCUCCGCGAGUCAGCCAAUGGCCUGGCACUUCUAUCCCAGCAAAGGAUCAGAACGGCAACCAACAUCCCUGAUAAGGACAUACCAGAGCUGGAAGACACCCAUCUGAUCGUCACCAAUGCCGGCAUAACCAGAAUAACCACACUCCAGCUACUCAACCUCGUGAACCUCGCCUUGUCGAAGCUUUUCCCGCCAGGCAUGAAGGAAAUUUAUUGUAACAGCAAUGUUACUGUUGGGAAGAAGAAGCCAGAGGUUGAAGAUGUAAACGAGUUGAGCACCAAACAAGCCAUUUAUACGUGUGGACCAGAGUUUCCGGAUUGCUCAUCAAUGCUGCAAGAUGUUGGCCUGAGCCAUAAUGGACGACCAUGA